UUUAUUAUAUUGUAUAUAACAAAAUACAAGAACCUGACUCUCAGGACCAUAGAAUUGGAGUAAAGUUGCAGAGCUCUUGACUUCGUGUGCGACACAGUUGUCAAAUUAUGUAACUCACCUGACCUUUUCUCGCUAAUAGAUCACCAGCGGCUGUUCCCUGAUUAAUGUCCAACAACAUGCUACAUUGCCGACACAGCAGCUUCGCCUGCCACCUCAGGUCGCCCCCAAAAGAAGACAAGAGCAAAGCAAUUUUUUUCUGUUGCUGAAGUGGUUUAUAAAUUAUCUCCAUCUCCAUAGAACUCAUAGUUCGUUCGUUUCUAAUAAUCUAAACAACAGAAGAAGAAAAACUGAACAUCCAAAAAAAAAUGAAAGCUGCAGCCACCGCCGCUCGUCUCUACGGCUUGUGUGUAUAUAUGUUUAUUGAAAUUCUUUAGACGGAUACGGGACGAAGGCGCCGUAAUCGGCAACGUGUGAAAUGAGCCGAACAACUGCCUCGCCUCGACGCUGGGGACUAGCAGCCCGCUGCUCAAUUGGAAACGUGCGCUGGACGCGUGCAGUGCUCAUCGUGCGCUUCGUUAUCGAUUUCGACCAUCCGAUCAGAGGAGCAGCAGCAGCUAUCCAUAAUUCGAUAUGCAUCCUGCCUCGCCGCAUCAGCAUCGCACGCGCCUCAACAUAAACGCACCCGGAACAGGCACCGGUCAAACGCAAACCACGCCGGAUACCCUGAGCCCGCAGCAGCAGCAUCACCAACACCAUCACCAUGGACAGCAGCAACAGCAGCACACGGUGCAGAUCAGCUCCACCACACAUCCCUAUCAGGGACUAAAGACCUCCGAGAACGAUGAGAUGGGCUGUGUGGAGCUGCUGGCGACGGCCAUAUCGGUGCUGAUCAUGAUUCUGACGUUUCCCUUCUCGGUGUUCAUCUGCUUCAAGGUGGUCUCCGAGUACGAGCGUGCGGUCAUCUUUCGCAUGGGCCGUCUGCGCAGCGGUGGAGCCCGUGGUCCGGGCGUCUUCUUUGUGCUGCCCUGCGUGGACGACUAUUAUCCGGUGGAUCUGCGCACCGUCUCGUUCGAUGUGCCGCCACAGGAGGUGCUGUCCAAGGACUCGGUGACUGUCACCGUCGAUGCGGUCGUCUAUUAUCGCAUCAGCGAUCCACUCAAGGCUGUCAUUCAGGUAUCCAACUAUAGUCACUCCACACGCCUGCUGGCUGCCACGACGCUGCGCAAUGUGCUCGGCACACGGAACCUGUCCGAGCUGCUCACCGAACGCGAGACCAUUUCGCAUACCAUGCAAAUGUCCCUGGACGAGGCCACCGAUCCCUGGGGCGUCAAGGUGGAACGUGUGGAAAUAAAGGACGUUUCGCUACCCACCGCGCUGCAACGGGCGAUGGCCGCCGAGGCGGAGGCUGCGCGGGAGGCGCGUGCCAAAGUGAUUGCCGCCGAGGGCGAGAUGAAGUCCUCGCGUGCACUCAAGGAAGCUUCAGAGAUCAUAUCGUCCAGUCCGUCGGCAUUGCAGCUGCGCUAUCUGCAGACGCUGGCCAGCAUCUCGGCGGAAAAGAACUCUACAAUUAUUUUCCCAUUGCCCAUGGAGCUGCUAACGCCAUUUCUGAACUCUUCUAACCAACUGGCGGCCAAUGCCCAUGCGCUCCACAGGCACCAGCACCAGCAUAAUCAGUGACGCUCGAUGUCGGUGCUGCAGCCGUACCUGGAGGCACUGGGUCGCUGCGAGCUGCGCCGGCAAAUCGCUGGAGACAACAACGUGGACGACGAUGACGACAUUGUUGGCUAUUUGUUAUAAGUGCAGCCGGACAGAGCAGGGUUCCCUGUCCUGUGCCGUGUGUGUGCCCUGACAAAACAACAAACACUCCACAAUGGAUUUCAUUUUGUUCCAAAUGCUGUGUACUGGGUCUUGUCUGCCUGACGAGAGGCGACUGGUUGGGCUUUACGUGGGAAUCAUAACAAUUAUUUGUUAGUUAUAUUAUAGAAAUACCUUUUUUUUAACAUUAUUUAUUGAAUUGCUUAGAAUUCUCUAAAGUGUAUUAGCUUUUCUCGAACAAAUUAUAACUGCUUUAUUAAAAA